AUGUCGCUCAACGAUCUCUCGCAGGGCGCCAUCGCCCAGAUGAUCCAGACUGCGGACCCCGCCAGCUCGGUGCAGAACCCCGUCUGCCAGAUCCUCAGCAUCAAGAAGAUCCAGGCUAGCGCCACUUCUGCAUCCAAUGUCGGCGACCGAUACCGCAUCAUCCUCUCCGACGGUGUCCACUAUGCUCAGGCCAUGCUCGCCUCGCAGAAGCGCUUCAUGGUCGAGUCGGGCGAGCUCGAGAAGCACUGCCUCGUCCGCGUCUCGCAGUACGCCAGCAACACGGUGCAGAGCCGCCGCAUCCUCAUCCUUCUCGAUCUCGAGGUGGUGCACAAGCCCACCGCCGACCGUCUCGGCAACCCUAGCAACGUCGACGAGGCUGUCAAGUCCGAGGCCGGCGGCGUCAAGCAGGAAGGCACUGCUGCCAACACGCUCGGCAACAGCGCUCUGGGCAACAACUCUGCCGGUCGCACCACGCCUGCUACCUCGGCUGCCGGUGCUGGCAAGGUCGGCGGAGGAGCAGGUGCCGGUCGUCCCGGUGGAAGCAGCGUCCACGCCGGCAUGCCCAUCUACCCUAUCGAGGGCCUCUCGCCCUACCAGAACCGCUGGACGAUCAAGGCGCGCGUCACGUCCAAGUCCGACAUCCGCCACUGGUCCAACCAGCGUGGCGAGGGCAAGCUCUUCUCGGUCAAUUUGCUCGAUGACAGUGGCGAGAUCAAGGCGACCGGCUUCAACGACACGGUCGACCGCUUCUACCCGCUGCUCCAGGAUAACCACGUCUACCUCAUCUCCAAGGCGCGCGUCAACAUUGCCAAGAAGCAGUUCAGCAACCUGCAGAACGAGUACGAGAUCACCUUCGAGAAUUCGACCGAGAUCGAGGAGUGCACCGACGCCACAGACGUGCCCGAGGUCAAGUACGAGUUUGUGCGCAUCAACGAGCUGGAGAGUGUCGAGCCCAACCAGACGUGCGAUGUGAUCGGCAUCCUGGACAGCUACGGCGAGAUCAGCGAGAUUGUGUCCAAGGCGUCGCAGCGACCGGUCCAGAAGCGCGAGCUGGUGCUGGUGGACCAGGGCAACCGCUCGGUGCGUCUCACGUUGUGGGGCAAGAACGCAGAGACGUUCCCCAACAACGCCGGCGUCGACGAGAAGCCCGUGAUCGCCUUCAAGGGGGUCAAGGUGGGCGAUUUCGGUGGACGAUCGCUCAGCAUGUUCUCCAGCUCGACCAUGCUUCUCAACCCGGACAUCACCGAGUCGCACGUGCUGCGCGGCUGGUACGACAACGACGGAGCGCACGCCCAGUUCCAGCCGUUCACCAACGGCGCCGGAGCCGGAGGUGCCCUCGCCGGCGGAGCGGGCGCCAACAUGGCCGAGCGCCGCUCCAUCGCCCAGGUCAAGGACGAAAACCUCGGCAUGACCGAAAAGCCCGACUACUUCAACGUCCGCGCCACCGUCGUCUACAUCAAGCAGGAGAACCUCUACUACACCGCCUGCCCCUCGGACGGUUGCAGCAAAAAAGUGAGCCUCGACCACGAAAACAACUGGCGGUGCGAAAAGUGCGAUCGAUCGUACGAGGCGCCCGAAUACCGCUACAUCCUCCAGACCAACGUCUCGGACGCUACGGGUCAGAUCUGGCUCUCGGGGUUCAAUGAUGAUGCCACCAAGCUCAUCGGUAUGUCGGCGGGCGAGCUGCACAAGCUGCGCGAGGAGAGCGAGUCCGAGUUCAACGCCGCACUGCACAAGGCGGCCAAUCGGAUGUAUGUGUUCAACUGCCGGGCCAAGAUGGACACGUUCAACGACCAGGCGAGGGUGAGGUACACCAUCAGCCGCGCCGCGCCCGUGGAGUUUGCCAAGGCGGGGAUGGAGUUGGUCGAGGCGAUCAAGGCGUACAUGUGA